ACGCCGGCCCGGGCACCGACAUCGACGGGGCCGAGCCCGCGAGCGCGGGGGGAGCCCACGGCUCGUUCUGCAGGGCCCCGACGGACUGACACGCUGCUCGGGGCCCUUCUCCCGAGGACCGGUGUCCCUCUCAGCAGCGUCGCCAUGUCCUCGGUGUUUGGGAAACCCCGCACGGGCAGCGGGCCGCAGAGCGCGCCACUCGAGGUUAAUCUGGCCAUCCUGGGGCGUCGCGGGGCCGGCAAGUCGGCUCUGACCGUGAAGUUUCUGACCAGGAGGUUUAUCAGCGAGUAUGACCCCAACUUGGAGGACACCUACAGCUCCGAGGAGACAGUGGACCACCAGCCUGUCCACCUGAGGGUCAUGGAUACUGCAGACCUGGACACCCCCAGGAACUGUGAGCGCUACCUGAACUGGGCCCAUGCGUUCCUGGUGGUGUACAGCAUGGACAGCCGCCAGAGUUUCAAGGACAGCAGCAGCUACCUGGAGCUGCUCGCUUUGCACGCCAAGGAGACCCAGCGCAGCUCCCCUGCCCUGCUGCUAGGCAACAAGCUGGACAUGGCCCAGUACAGGCAGGUCACCAAGGCAGAGGGCGCCGCCUUGGCGGGCAAGUUCGGGUGCCCGUUUUUCGAGGUCUCGGCCUGCCUGGACUUUGAGCACGUGCAGCAUGUCUUCCACGAGGCCGUGCGGGAGGCACGGCGGGAGCUGGAGAAGCAUUCCCUGCCCCGGCCUCUCUUCAUCUCUGAGGAGAGGGCCCUGCCCCACCAGGCUCCGCUCACCGCCCGGCAUGGGCUGGCCAGCUGUACCUUCAACACACUUUCCACCGUCAGCCUGAAGGAGAUGCCUGCCGUGGCCCAGGCCAAGCUGGUCACUGUGAAGUCAUCCCGGGCCCAGAGCAAGCGCAAGGCGCCCGCCCUGACCCUGUUGAAGGGCUUCAAGAUCUUCUGAGGGCACCCCCCCCCCGGAUCCCAGACUCAGCAGCUGGGAGGGGCUUUCCCUCUGACGGAGCAAUAGCCCUGGCCCUCUGGCGGACAGUUGACCCCUCUUCCAGCACCAAGUAAUGUCCCGGACACCCAGUUCACUGUAUGAGCUGGAAGGACAGGCAGGAACGCUGCUCUUCCUUGCUCCAGGCCUUGGUUUCCGUGGUAGCCACUGCAUUCCCUGACCCUGAAGGGAAAUAGCCACUGAGACAACCCAGAGACCUGGGGUCAGCCUCAAGUGGAAGGAAAUUGCAGUGUCCAUCGUGGUGCCAUGACUCCUUCCUGCUGCAGCUGCAGCCAGGCCAGAUGUGGCCCCCAGGGGACAGCUCUGGAUGGUCCCUAAGUGUAGGCCCGAGAACAUGCUGCAGGAGGAGCAACCCUGAGGUCCUAGCACCAUCUGGUGGACAGGAAGGACAGAGCGGCUACAAGUUGGCAGGGAGGCGCCUUGAGCCUGGCCCUCCUGUUGUCCUCUGACUUCACAGAAGCCCCAGGCAACAAACCCCACAGUUUAAAUAAUCCUACGGGACACGCUGUGAGAAGCAAAAUUCCCAGGAAGGGCUAUUUCCAGUACUUUACUUUUCGGUGAGGACUGGGGGCUCUGGAUCAUCUGGGAUAAGGAGCCUCCAAUGUUUUUUCCCCCAGGAGACAGUGCCCCCUUAUUUUCCCAUCUUAAAUUCAGGACUCUCUCCACAGACCCUCAGGACCAGCCUCCUGAAGUUUAAUGAUCAGAGCUGCAGAACAAAGUCAUUCUCUCUAGUGACCAGCCCCCAGGACUCCCGGGAGCCUACAACUGGGGGUAUCACUCACCCUGUGGGCACUGUUAGCCGGCCUGAGGCUCGUAGGUAGAAACACAGUAGGCCAUCUGUAGUCUAGUCUAGCAGGACCCAGUACCUUCGACAGUGGGUCUGAGUGUUCUAAGUCCACUUUUGAAAGAUAGAAGCUAAGGCAUUUGGGGUUCAGAAAGCAAUUUUUUGCAUAAAUUAUUUGGGGUCACCACCAUACAGCUGAUAUGACACUGUGGCUCAGACACAGGAUCAGGACACUCUCUUGGGAUCCCAUUGUCAGCACAGGGAGUUCCACAGUUUUCUAACUCUUUACCUUGGGGCCCCUGGCCCAAAGGAAGUCUCUCGUGGGCCCUCAGCAGAUAAGCAGGUAAAGGAGAGGACUCUGCUAGGAGGAAAGGGAU